GACCAAGUCUCCUCCUUAGCAGGUAAGCAGGUACGAUACGCUGGUGAGGGUCCCCAAUGAAGAGCUGGAGAGACGUGCGCGUCUGCUCGUACCUGUGACCCCUGGCUCAAGGAAAGGUAUCCAAUGCCGCCAACAGAGGACGCGUACCGAUUUGUCAACUCUGGGGGCUAUGUCGGUCGUGCGGGUGUCCUCGCUCUCUGGGUUUAGGAUAAUUGGUCAUCGGGAGAGGAUGAUCAGCUCUUCUUCACAAGACGAUUUUUGGACAACGACAUUGGUCAUGGCGUGACGAUCAAGCUGGACUACGAGCGUUUGCUGUUCCAGGCUCUCACCAGGGCCCUGGCCACGUAUCGCUCGCGAGAUGGAGAGACGAAGGUGCAUGGACUGACAUUCGCCCGCGCUGACGGCAAGCAUGCCGCAGCAAUCCUUCACGGGAAUCGCCUUAUGAAUAGCCCAGGAUGGUCCUAGCGGUGAUUUGUGCGCAUCCGACAAGCAGCAACAGUGAAUUCAUUGAGGCGCUGACGGCGAUGCACGUCGACUAUGACAAGACGGCCAUUUUCGUGUCGCACGGCCCGUCCUGCGACCUGCACCUGGAUGAAAGCUUCAAGAUGAGAUUUGCAGGCGUGCAGGAGCAUCGAGAGCCGUCCAACGGCACAGAUGCCUACCAGCGAGCAUUUCUUCUCCUGCGUCAGGUCAAGGCGUCACAAGUAUUGAUACUCGAGAACAGCUUCGUCGUUCAGCAGCAUGACCCUAUUCAGCAGCUCACGCAAGACAACCUGCCGGCGGUUGUGCCGUUGGCUCGGCAGUCUUCGGCGGGUGGUGCCAAUUUCGGCUUCGACAAGGGCUCUCACCACGAGGAGGACCGUGAUAAGUUGGUCAGCGGCGAGCGUCAAGGGCUGUGGCCAAACGUGUCGGUGCUUGAUUCUCUCUUCUUGGGAAGCUAGCCUGAGCGUCAGAGAAUUUGCCCGACUGGGAAGCAGCUUGAGCGUGAGAGAAUUUGCCCGACUACGUCAUGGCACGCAUUCACUUAGAAAAACACGUCGGUCCGAUGAAACCAUGGACAGUCGAGUACAGCGCCCCAACCCAGGCAUGAACGCAAUUUGGGGACGGCUGGCAUGACUACAAGGAAAAGGAUGGCACUAGCGACGGCUGGUGCGAGGACAAAACAUCCAUAUUCCUGGACAAUCGGCACACAUUUGGGAGGUUGCUGACCUGGGCAGUGCAAGACAGUAAAAUGGUGAUGAGCCUUUAAGAGCUGUUUGCAGUGUGACGUUGGCACUGUCUCCGU